AUGGACUGCCUGGUCCUGUGUCUGCAACCCUUUCACUGGGAGCACAGGAGCCAGAGUUGGGCUGUGCUGGCAGUGAUCACAGACUGCCAGUUUCUGCACUCCUGCCCAAACAUGAAUCCUGCAACCCAGACUCAAAUCACAAUUUCAGCAGAUUGUGGAUCGCCUGCUCUGGGGUUUCCCGUGUCACUGGGCAUGCACGGCAUGCACCACACAAACCCCAGUGUUAAUGGGUUCGUGGGUCCCUUGGGACAGUCUCCUGUGUGCCCCAGGCACAUGGAGGGCGGAGAUACAGACUGCAAUGGCGCAGAGUUCCGGGAUGCCUGCUCUGUUCCCAGGAAGCAUAAACUCUCUACAAGCUUUGAAGAAAAUCCUUUCCUGUCUGAAGAAGGAAGUCUGGAACAUCACAAGAAACAAGCUGAACAUGCGCUGUCAAAUGCAUCUUCACAGCUCUCUUCUCCUCCCACUUCUCCCCAGAGCUCACCAAGGAAAGGCUAUACUCUGGCUCCCAGCAGCACUGUGGAUAACUUUUCAGACUCUGGUCACAGUGAGAUUUCUUCAUCGUCCAGCAUCAUCAGCAAUUCCUUGUUCAACUCCGUGCCCAUCUCCCUGCAGGACGAGUGGCAGCAGAGGUACUCUGUCCUAUGUGCCACGUCUGAGAGCCGGGGCUUGUAUGCUGCAGUGACAGUCAUCUCUUCUCUGAGCACUGAGGAGCUCGCCCAGGACCAGGGUGACCAUGCAUCCCUGGACGCCACUGACAGUGGCCGCGGGAGCUGGAUGUCAUGCUCUAGGAGCUCACACAACAACAUCCAGACCAUCCAGCACCAGAGGAGCUGGGAGAUGUUCCCAUUCGGGCACACUCACCUCGACUAUUCAGGGGACCCUGCAGGCCUGUGGGCUGCUAUUGGCCACGUGGACACAGUCAUGUUUUCUGACCAUAGCACAAAGUAUAAUAGACAAAAUCAAAACAGAGAGAGUCUUGACCAAGCCCAGCCCCGGGCAAGAUGGGCCCCUUCUGCCGGCUACUGGGGAGAAGACUCAGAGGGUGACACAGGCACUAUUAAGCGAAGGGGUGGAAAGGAUGUUUCCCUGGAGACCAAGAACAGCAGCCUGAUGUCAUCAGCACUCAGGGCCACCUGUGGUCAGCAUGGGCAUUUCCCAGGAUUUUUUUUUUUGUAAUCUGAAAAUACCCAGGGUGAUUCCCAUGCUUCACAGAGGAAGUAUUUUUUUUCAUUGGAACUUUGCUCUGUUUAUUUGUUUCGUUCUCUUGAAUUACAUUUGGAGCUUUAUCCUUCACAUGCGGAGCAUCUUCAUAGUGGCCCUUCUGCAGGCACCUCUGUGUGCAGAGUGCCCUCUGCCAUACUAGCGCAAGGGGGCAGGCAUUUGUGGUGCAGGGGAGACGGUGGCAGUGGGGUUAGAGUCAAUUUGUUGCUGUCUCUGGCUCAGUGACAUGGACAAAGCGCUGGUCCCUGCCAUCCCAUCCAUCAGCUUGCUUAGUGCCCUCUCAGUAGAGUCAGCGUGAACAGGACAGUGGGUGUAAAUGGUGUGGGCACCCCCUCAGUGCUGGGACAGUGUCGCAAGGACCCGGGAGGUGCUGCUGCUGACUCAGAUGCAAAAUCGCCAGUGUCCCUGGGUCCCAGAACUAUGGGAAACACACAUCUCCUGGGCAGUAUUUGACAUUUCUGUAAUGGAAAUGUGAGAAUAGAGUAGAGGAUAUAGAAGGAGAACUUCUGAAAUAAAAUAAUUAUAAGAUUCACCUUUAUUAAUGGGGAAUGACAAGCAUCACUUUCAUCAAUGGAGAAGUUGUGGUUGGUUUGGUUUUGGUUUUGGUUCUGGUUCUGUUGUGUUUUUGAGACAGGGACGCUCUCUGUAGCCCAGGCUGGUGUUGCCCUGCUGGAGACCCUUCAUGCCCCUCUGAGACCCUGAGGUUACUCUGCCAUACAGUCACGAGUAGAUGUCAGAGUUGAUACCUUCCACAGUGAAUAAGGAGAGAAUGGUUAAGCACAUUCAUUAAACAUAUUCAUAGGUUAAUCAUCUUAAGGCAUUUUCUGUUAAACUGAUUAUCAGAAUUUUUACUGUGAAGAAAGGAUGAUGUUUUAGCUCCUACCAUUCAAGUUAGAAAGCCAGAAACACAAAAAUUUUUGAUUUUCUUUCACAAGUUCCAUAUAACCAACAUUCAUAAAAGGAUUUUCAGAAA